UUGCUCUUGCGGACUGAGUGGGCGGCCGGGACGCGCAGACGCCUCUCGGAGCCGCGGUGCGCGUCAGUGGAUCCCCGCGCUCUCUGGAAUACACCCGUCCACAGCCAAACGCGCUCUUUGCCCCGCGACAUGGAUUUAGCUACGCGUAACGUGAAUCUCCGUGUGCCUUUGGAGCGACAGAAACGCACGGAGAAAGCUCAUAAGAGGGUUUUGGGUCCGGUAUUUGCUAGGGGCAGCCUGACCCAGAUCCCCGUGGUGAAGGAGACCAGGGUGGAGUCGGGCCAGUUCCUGCUGCUCUCAGUGCUCUGCAUGCUCUUCAUCCUGGUGGCGCUGGCCGUAUCGGGCACUUUCUUCUGCGUGCGCCAGCGCUCCCACCUCCACAUGAAGGAGAAGCUGGCCAGCCUGGGGACUGACACCAGCACUGACGCCACCGCAACCUAUCAGGAGCUGUGUCGCCAGCGUAUGGCAAUCAGGACGUCGGAGCGAGUUGAGCGGCCCGAAACCCUUCGCCACUCUCGCCUGAACAGUGUGUCCUCUCAGUUCAGUGAUGGCCCCGCAGCCAGUCCGUCCACACGCAGCAGCACCUCCUCCUGGUGUGAGGAGCCAGUCCCAUCCAACAUGGACAUCUCCACUGGUCACAUGAUACUGUCGUACAUGGAGGACCACUUGAAGAACAAGAACCGUCUGGAGCGCGAGUGGGAGGCGCUGUGCUCCUACCAGGCAGAGCCCAGUGCCUGCAGCGUGGGCCAAGGCGAGCAGAACUCCAAGAAGAACCGCUCCGACGCCGUGGUCGUGUAUGAUCAUUCCAGGAUCACCUUGAAGGCUGAGAAUAACCACGGCAACUCGGAUUACAUCAAUGCCAGUCCAAUAAUGGACCACGACCCUCGUAACCCGACUUACAUCGCCUCUCAGGGGCCACUUGCUUCCACAGUGGCAGACUUCUGGCAGAUGGUGUGGGAGAGUGGCUGCGUUGUUAUCGUCAUGCUGACCCCAAUUUCUGAGAACGGCGUGAAGCAGAGUCACCACUACUGGCCUGAUGAGGGAUCAGAUGUCUACCACGUAUAUGAGGUCAAUCUGGUGUCUGAGCACAUCUGGUGUGAAGACUUCCUGGUGCGGAGUUUCUACCUGAAAAACCUGCAGACUAACGAGACGCGUACCGUCACCCAGUUCCACUUCCUGUCCUGGAUGGAUCGCGGGAUCCCAAACUCUGCCAGGACCCUGUUAGACUUCCGCAGCGACGGAGCAGGCAGGAGUGGGACUUACAUUCUGAUUGACAUGGUCCUCAAUAGGAUGGCUAAAGGUAACGAUCAAUGGCUUCCCUUUCACUCUUUCUGCUUGAAGCGUGCUAAAGAGAUUGAUAUUGCCGCUACCCUGGAGCACUUGAGAGACCAGAGAGCUGGCAUGGUCCAGACAAAGGAGCAGUUUGAGUUUGCGCUAACAGCCGUGGCAGAGGAGGUGAACGCCAUCCUGAAAGCUCUUCCACAGUGA